GAGCUUCCAGUAGGCGCAGAUGGCGAGGCUUCCUGCACCGACGCCUGAAAAGUGCAUGGCGAUGCGGAGCGAGGAGCCGGCGCGCCCGCUGGCGUUCAGCAUCGCCAAGAUCAUGGAGCCGGACCCGCGGCGCAGCGCCAGCGGCGGCGACUCGGCCUUCCGCAAGUACGUGCCGCGGCCCCAGCAGUCGCAGGCCAACCCCGCCAAGCAGAAGAGCUUUACGUGCCCCGAGUGCGGCAAGGUGUUCAACGCGCACUACAACCUGACGAGGCACAUGCCCGUGCACACGGGCGCGCGGCCAUUCGUCUGCAAGACGUGCGGCAAGGGCUUCCGGCAGGCGAGCACGCUGUGCAGGCACAAGAUCAUCCACACGGCCGAGAAGCCGCACAAGUGCCACACGUGCGGCAAGGCGUUCAACCGCAGCUCCACGCUCAACACGCACACGCGCAUCCACGCCGGCUACAAGCCGUUCGUGUGCGAGUUCUGCGGAAAGGGCUUCCACCAGAAGGGCAACUACAAGAACCACAAGCUGACGCACAGCGGCGAGAAGGCGUACAAGUGCAACAUCUGCAACAAGGCCUUCCACCAGAUCUACAACCUCACGUUCCACAUGCACACGCACAACGACAAGAAGCCUUUCACGUGCAAGAUCUGCGGGAAGGGCUUCUGCCGCAACUUCGACCUGAAGAAGCACAUGCGCAAGCUGCACGAGAGCGCGCCGGCGGCGGCCGUCGCGUUCCCGGUGACGGCGCACCACCACCACCACCACCACCACCACCAGCACGCCUUCCUCGCGCCCUUCCUGCCGCCUGCCGCCUACCUGUCCAAGGUUUUGUGACCCGCCCUCUCGCUGCUGGGCCCCGCGCCGCUGCAGCCCUGAGACGCGGACCGUUGCUAGUCACGUGCCGGCGCUCCGGCACUCGCGGCCGAUCGUCUGUCUCAGUUGUGAGGAUGUCUGCAGGCAUUCCGAAGUGGACUCGAGAGACGUCUUUCUCUUUCUCGCAGCUGACAUAAUGCCUGACCUUCACAUACACGGAAGAAA